UCCACAUUCCUGUCUGGAUUCCUCUUGAACUGGGAUGGACUGGUUCACAGACCUCAAAUAAUGAGUCUAUUAGAGUGGGCUACAUUUGACUCUUUCCAAGAACUGUCAAUAAACAUCCUGAGGCCGCUGUACAUGCUGUUUGUAUCGUACAACGUUACGAUGAAGCAACAGAUUAUCCAGACCGUCACUGCGCUUAUUAAGAACAUGUAUGUAGGAGAAAUAGGCAGAGUUUCUCGCCAGUUGCCUCACCCUUUCCUCAACAAACCACGAGCGUGGACUUCCGAACCCAUUGAGAUGUUGGCACCCUUGGUUCGCUGGACGGAGGACCUCUGCAAGGUGGGAAUGUGUCUGGAGCCCAAAAGCAGCACCCUGCUGCUGCAAGCAAUCAAACUUUUAUGAGACGAUGAACGUGUUAGAGUCGCGCUACCAGUUACCCAUGUGGACAAUGAUGUCUGCUGGAGUCAUCUACCACAGUCUGUUCAAGGUGACUCCUGUCGCACUCUGCAGAGUGUGUAGGCUUCUGCUCAAGUGAGUUACAGCACAUUAUAGUUUGUU